CUGGCGCAGGCCGCAGAGAUGCGCCGGUUCCUCCGCAGCCACAAACACGAGCAGCGCCUGCGCAGCGCCGCGGGCCUGCGAAGCAGCUCCGAGGCUGCAGCGGCGGUCGCGGCGGCCGGGGAGCAGGCGUCCAUCUCCGACCACGUGAACCUUCUCCGCCGGCUGGAGGACGACGAGCGCGGCGCGGGGCACCAGGCGCCGCUUCGCGGCUGCCGCGCGAGGCUGGCGUGGCGCGGGGAGUUGGACCGGCAGGUCUCGAGGCUGAUGCAGGACGGCGAGGCGCUCCUCGACCCGUGGGAGCCAUUGAGGGAGACCGACAGGCACCGGCUGCGGUGCGGCCACCUGGACAAGGUGUACGGCUGGUUCUCGAGGCACGGCCGCAAGGAGGCGGCCAAAGAGCGGCUGGGGCCGCACUUCCUUCGAUUCGACCUGGACGAGCCGCCGCAGCCAGGCUCGCUGCGCCGCCCCCCGGCCGAGCGCCCCCUGGCCGCGGCCCCGAGCUGGGCCCCCCCCGCCGACGUCCGCCGCGCCUGCCCGGUGGCCCCGCCGAUAGCACCCUUCGAGCCGCCCCUGCCCGCGUCGCCUCCCGCAGCCGCGUGGCUAGCGCGCGCACCGCAGCCGGCGCCCCUGCGCCGCCGGGCGCCGUCGGCGCUGCCGCCGCUCGAGGUCCCCGCCACGCCGCCGCUGCCGCCGACCGAGGCGCCGCUGGCAGACCCCGCGCCGCCAGCCCCCGCCGCCCAGCCGGAGAAGGCGGAGCCACCCGCGGCAGCCCCAGCCGCGUUGGCGAGCACGG